ACCAAAAAUCAGCAGAGAAACGGACUCCACAGCUGGGAAAGUGGUGCACUGGUAUCAGAGACUCCGACACGAACCAUGAGAACAAACCAGCUCAUCAAAUACACUUUGUUUGUCUCCUGUUACCUCUUCUGGGUGGCCAGUGGGCUCAUGGUUGCAGUUGGCAUUUAUGCCAAACUCUCUAAAGAAGCAAGUGCUGUGGAUUCGCUGCUUGCUGAUCCCUCGCUGAUCCUGCUUACGGUGGGGAUCCUGAUGUUUGGCAUCACCUUUGUGGGGUGUACAGGAGCCUUGCGUGACCUGCCUGUGCUGCUGAAAAUUUUUGCCUGGAUUUUACUGAUCAUUCUCAUUCUCCAGAUCGUGGCUGCUGUCCUGGGAUUUCUCUUCUCUGGCAUGGUGUUGGAGAAAGCAGCAUUUCUGAUGGGAAAAGCUAUCUCCGGUUAUAGGGAUGACCUAGAUUUACAGAACCUUAUUGAUUAUAUACAGAAAAAGUUUGAGUGCUGUGGGGUGCAUUCCUACAAGGACUGGUCCCAGAAUAUUUACUUUGAGUGCCAAGACUCCAACCCAAGCCUGGAACGCUGUGCUGUGCCUUUCUCCUGCUGCAUCCAAAAAGAUCAAGAUGCAGCCAUUACUAGUGUUCUCAACACCAUGUGUGGCUAUGGGACCCAGAACCUGAGAUCAUGGAAAGCAGAAAGUCUGAUAUACAUUGAGGGCUGCUUGGAAAAGAUUGUUGGCUGGGGGCAGAGAAACCUGCUGCUUGUUGCAGGGAUAGCAAUAGGACUCUUUUUCUUGGAGAUUCUCGUGUUUUCCAUGGCCGUGAUGCUCAUUUACCAGAUUGACUUUAUCAUACAGAAACGGAAAAGCACAAGGAGGAGAGGCCCCGAAAAAUAAGUCUGUUGCUCCCAUCAAGAGCCCAGCAUGGUCUCUAUUGCCGCUGGUGCGGGCUGUGUAGAAGGAACAGACUGAGAUCUCAGUCGAAACACUGUGAAUACCCCAGAGGGUGCCAGGGCCCAUGCCCCAGGUGAAUGAACAGACACUGGAAAGCAUUUUCUGUGCAUAUGAGGCAGAGGCAACUGCUGCUUGGAAAGGACCCUUGCUGCCUGAUGGGAUCAUCCGAUGGGUCUCUCACUCUCUCCUCCCGCACUGUUUUAUUACCAUGGACAUUUGCACAAUACCAAAUCUUUCUUUUUUGAGAUUCCUGAUGUUUAUUCUCCAUCUGUGGUCAGAGUCCUCUGGUUGCUUUAGCGAUCACUUUGGAGGACAGGAUUACAAUUGAAAAGAAACUUGACAAAUUGGAGAAUUGGUCAGAAAUCAACAAGGUGAAAUUCAGUAAAGACAAGUGCAAAGUACUACACUUAGGAAGAAAAAAGUCAAAUGCAUAAUUACAAAAUGGGGAAUAACUGGUUAGGUGUUAGUGCUGCUGAAAAGGAUCUGGGAGUUAUAGCAAAUCACAUGAGCCAACAAUGUGAUGCAGUUGCAAAAAAUGCUAAUAUCAUUUCGGGAUAUUGUAACAGAGUUCCCAGAGGGCCAGGUGGAUAGCCCACCCAGUUUCCAGCCUUGCCUCCCUGCAGGAAGGCCUUUCAGUCCAGUUCCUAACCCUUAGCUUUAUCUCAGGGUUUUCAAUGUCCUUGCCCUCUCCUUACUAGAGGGGGAGUGGGGUGGAAAUGAGCCUUACACUCCUCCUGCAGCAAAGGCAGUUGGUAGGGGAGCCCGGUCCUUCCCACUCUACCAGGCUCUUACCCAGGGUCCUAUGAGUGCCAACAGUGUCCAGCACCCUGGAAUGCCCUCCACUUUGCCCCUGGGCCAUUUCCUACCAUCCAUCCCCACAUGCCUUCAAGUCCUAUAUAAGAUAAUAAAAGAAAAUAAAAAGACAACUAAACCUUCAGCCCAAACUAGGCUCAGCAGGUAGGCUGCUUUGGCACCCUUGUUCAGGAGCCCACAGGGUAGGUCUGUCUUCCUCCCCAGCCUCCCUCUUCUGAGCUAAGUUGUUCUCUUUAUGUUUUAAAGUGCCUCUCCAGUUGGAGCAUGCUCUGCAGGUCUGGAGUGGUGGCGCUUCCUUUAACCCCUUCAGGCCCAGUGUGAGCUUUGUACACUCCAUCACAGGUACAUUAACAGGAGUGUUGUUUGUAAGACACAGGAGGUAAUUGUCCCAUUCUAUUCAGCACUGGUGGGGCCUCAGCUGGAGUACCGUGUCCAAUUCUGGGUGCCACACUUUAGGAAAGAUGUGAAUAAAUUGGAGAAAGUCCAGAGGAGAGCAACAAAAAUGAUAAAAGGUUUAGUAAAUCUGAUUAUGAGGAAAAGUUAAAAAAAAUGGAUAUGUUUAGUCUUGAGAAAGAUGGAGGAGGGGGAUCUGAUGACAGUCUUCUAAUGUGUUAAAGGCUGUUAUAAAGAGGAUGGUGAUCAACUGUUCUCCAUGUCCACUGAAGGUAGGACAAGAAGAAAUGGGCUUAAUUGCAGCUAGGGAGAUAUUACGGGAAACUUUCUAACUAUAAAGAUAGUUAAGCUCUGGAGCAGGCUUCCAAGGGAAGUUGUGGAAUCCCUGUCAUUGGAGGUUUUUAAGAAUAGGUUGGACAAACGCCCAUCAGGGAUGGGCUAGCUUUACUUGGUCCUCCCUCAGUUCAAGGAGCUGGACUAGAAGACCUAUCAAGGUCCUUUUCAGGCCUACAUUUCUAUGAUUGUGAUAGCACACUCAGGAGGCUUUGAUCACAGUGGGGCGAUUAGCAAUUGCUGCAGGGAAAUUGUGAAUCUGUUUACAAGUACCAAUCCCUUGUAAUAACUAAUGGGGAAUGUGCCAAAGGGACAGAAUUGUUUCAUAAUAAAGAUUUCCCCCAUUUUC